GUCCACACCUUCCCAGCUGAUAAUUAGAGGCCCUAUAAGAACCAGCUGCGCUUCACUACCACACGGAGGCCUUUGGCAGUCUUUUCCCAUCCAAGGUGGUCAAGACUGUUAUGUGGUUAAGCAUUGCAGAGCAGUUUGCUUUCUUUAGGAAAGCCGCUCAUUUUAGUAUUGCCCUUUAGAGAGUGGUGAAUGUCAUAAUGUGGCAUAUAGUAGGGUGGACCUUGACGACUGUUUCCCUCUUUUGUUACAGGACUGUGCCAUACUGCUGCUGUCUUGUGCUGUCUCGUUCUGUCUUGUUCGGUUUUAGUCUUGUUGUGGCCUGUCGUCAUGUCACAAACGUUUAUGGACUGGCCUCGACUGACUCCUGGUUUUAUGGUCUUUUACUUGGAAUCGUUUUAUCCAUUUUAAUCAUGCUUUUAUAAAGAGCUGUAACUUAGGGUGUAUUUGUUUUAUGUAGAUCUUUUACUAAUUUGUUUAAUGUUUUAUGUUUUGUUUUAUUGCUUUAGUGGAGGUGCGGCCGCUUGUUGAGGGGUUAGGCACGUGAGGUGGAAUCCCCUCCCCGAUGCGUGGGAGUGUACACACAGGGCAUAGGUAGAUUGCACCAUUUAGAUUUCAGUGUGAGUGACAGUGAGGUUUGCAGUGAAACUACACGGCCUCCUUGGAAGUAACUUGCAUAUUCAUUUUGCAUGAAGAUAAAGAUAAGAAGUCAUUUAAUUUGCUGAAUAUCAACAAUCGGACCAAAGGAGAGAACAGGGAACGUACAAGAAUGGAAAAGGCUCUGUUCAUCAUAGCGGCAUCAGGCCUGUGUGCCGUCGCCUCAGAUGUUAAACAUUACUACCAGUUUGUUUAUGAGCUGAAGAACUGGACUGAAGCGCUGAGUUACUGCAGAGACAAAUACACAGACCUGGCUACUGUAGAAGACUUUGAAGAUGUGCAGAUGCUGAACAGCACAGUAGAUUUAAGCAAAAUGACCACCGGCAAUCGAGCCUGGAUCGGGCUGUAUGAUGACGUGAACAGCUGGAGGUGGUCAAUGUCAGAAAACAGUGAGGCUGAGUUCAGAAACUGGUCACCUGGACAACCAGAUAACCUAGGGAGUGCAGAAGAUUGCGUAUGGAUGCUUGAUGGACCAUGGUUUGAUUCCCCUUGUGCGAAUCUCUACAGAUUUGUCUGCUCUGAUAACAGAGGGUCGACUAGGACAUUUGUCUACAUUAACAAUCCCAUGACGUGGGCGAACGCCCAGAGCUACUGCAGAGUUCAUUACACAGACCUGGCCAGUGUGAGGAACAUGACAGAGAACCAGAAGAUAGAUAACCUGGUACCUGGAGGGGUGAGGGUGUGGAUUGGCCUUUUCAGAGAGUCCUGGAAGUGGACGGAUGGAAGUAACUACUCAUUUACAUACUGGAAGACAAAAGAACCCAAUAACAUGAAUGGAACAGAGACUUGUGUGGCAGCAAACUUUGAAGAAAAUGCAAAAUGGGAGAACUGGACCUGUGACAGGAAGAAGGAAUUUGUUUGCUACGUUGCACCUGUUUAUGAGGAAGUAGUGAGAGUGAAUCUGAUAAACGCCAGUCUGGAUUUGACCCACCCUGAUGUGAUGGAAGCCAUGCUGAACCAAAUCCAACAGAAACUAAAGGACCAGGCAGUAAAGGGAGACGUCAAACUGAGCUGGAGGAAGCAGUCAGAUGGAUCGGUCUUCUACAAGGACGAGGAAACGAAGAAGAAGAGCAUCGUCUGAAAAUACUUUUCUCCUCUGGCCAUUCAAGCUCUAUUGUGCCAAAUUAUUAUAUUAUUCUAUGCUUUGCGUGAAUGUCUUCAUUCAAAUGAAACAUACAAAUCUAAUUUUGAUUUCUUUAGGAAAUGUAACAUUAUAAUAGUUUUUUGUGAUGUCUGUGAGUGACCAAAGCUUUAAAUAGUCUCAGCUGUUAUUCUUAACUGUUCACAUUUAAAUACGGGAGGUUUGCUGGGUAUUUGGUGACAGUAUGCUCUGUAAUUUUAAUACUUUAUUUUAACACAGUUUGUCACUGUUAUGCAGUAGAAACAGAAUUAGGUGCCAUUUCUUUUGGGGGGGUUUUGUUGCUUUUUUUUUUUUUGCUUAAAUAGUGUCUUAGGGGUGAUCGUGGCUCAAGAGUUGGCAGUUCAUCUUUGCUGGUUUGAGCCCCAGCUCCGACAGUCUCGGUCGUUGUGUCCUUGGGCAAGACACUUCACCCGUUGCCUACUGGUGGUGGUCAGAGGGCCCAGUGAGAUUAAGGAAUUGUUCCACACUUGGUGAUAUUUGUAAUGUAUUUUGAUUAGGCUUAAAUUUCUUUUUUAGCAUAGAUUUAAUUUGUUGAUAUUCUAAAAACCUGUUCUUGUUAAUCCUGUAUUGUGCAGCUACUCUGUCAAAUGGAAUAAAGUCUGUUCCUUCUAGUA